GAGGAGCGUGAGUUACACUGAGACUCAGGACAGGUUUUACUCUCAGUAUAAACACACUUACAGGCUGCUAACAUCAGGGACAACGACUGGAAGAGUAUCAACCUUGAAAGCUCGUAUAGCUUUCUCAAACCAGGCAAAGGAUGACAAACAUCUCACGAUAUCUUGUCAACCACCUGCUGACAUUCUCUCUCAAAGAUGGUGAGGUGAUCAAUGUGGAGGAGGCCCAGGCCCGGCUCUCCUUCCUGGCUCAGAGCAAAAAGCUGUGGAGUCAACAGAUGUUCCUGGAUGUUGGAGUUAAGGCCGUUCAACUCCGAGACAUACAGAACCAGGAUGAGCUGGAGAAAUACCCUUUCGCAUCCAUCUUCCGCUGCGAUGCCGUACACACAGAGAAACACUUCCCGUCCCUCCUCCAGCUGGUCUGCCAGAGUGCAGAUCAGAAGAAGCCCGACAUCCUCUUCUUCAACUGCGAGGAUGUGAAGGCACAACAAAUCUGUGACGACAUCGCACGCGCAGUUUCUGCUCCUUCCACCGGCAGGAGUAAGAAACCUGAUGCUCUCAGGCUUCCUCAGAGUGGGGGGGGUAUGAUCGACCCGUAUGAAAUCCCAAGCCACCCCAUCCCACAUGCUCCAAACGCCCCUCCAGCCAACCCUCCACCUUACCCUGGACCCAGAGCGAACGGCAUAAACGGCGGGCAAGACAUUUCCUUCCUGCGAGCAGAGAGAGAAGUGGGGAUCCUCAAUCACUGCUUCGAUGACAUUGAGAACUUCAUGGGCAAACUGCAGCAGAAUGCGGACGCUGCCACGGUGCUCAACCAGAAGAAGAAGAAGAAGAAGAAAAGUAAAAAGCAAAGUGCUGAAGAAGACUUACUCACUGCAAAAGCCCGCCCUCCAGCAGAGGAGGAAUUUGUCGAUGUCUUCCAGAAAUUCAAAUAUUGCUUCAGCCUGUUGGCUCGUCUGAAAUCAACAAUCUCCAACCCUUCAUCAGAAGAGCUCGUUCACCACGUGUUAAAACCUUUGGAUAUGGUGAGUGCUUUAACCAUCCACGCCUCCACCUGUU